UACUCAUUUCAUUCAUUAUAUUUAUAACAUGCACACAAGAUAACAUUUGCUAAAAUUUUAAUACGUAUUGCAAAUAAGUAUUUCCAUUGACCCUUCAAAAUGGCUAUGUCCAAGUCUACUAACACGUACAAUCGACAAAAUUGGGAAGACUCUGAAUUUCCAAUAUUAUGUCAAACUUGUCUUGGAGAUAACCCCUACAUUCGUAUGACCAAAGAGAAAUAUGGCAAAGAGUGUAAAAUAUGUUGCCGCCCUUUCACCGUCUUCCGUUGGUGUCCUGGUUCCAGAAUGCGUUUCAAGAAGACUGAAAUCUGUCAAACGUGCUCAAAAUUGAAGAAUGUUUGUCAAACAUGUCUAUUAGAUUUAGAAUAUGGUUUGCCUAUCCAAGUGAGAGAUGCUGCGCUGAAAAUCCAAGAUGAUUUACCUCGUAAUGAAGUGAACAAGGAGUAUUACAUUCAAAAUCUAGACAGUCAGAUGUCUAACAUGGAUGAAACACAACCCAGUAACUCAGCUUUGAAGUCUAAGGGUGCUUCCGAUUUGUUAUUAAGAUUAGCUAGAACUGCUCCAUAUUAUAAAAGGAAUAGACCUCAUGUGUGCUCAUUCUGGGUGAAAGGAGAAUGUAGGAGAGGAGAAGAAUGUCCUUACCGGCAUGAAAAGCCCACAGAUCCUGAUGACCCUCUGGCUGAUCAAAAUAUUAAGGACAGGUACUAUGGUGUGAAUGACCCAGUAGCGGAGAAGUUGAUGCGACGUGCAGCCGCAAUGCCAGCCCUACCUCCGCCGGAAGACAGAACGGUUACCACAUUGUACAUCGGCAACUUGCCUGAUACUAUAACCGAGGAUGAACUUAAAGGACAUUUCUAUCAGUAUGGAGAGAUAAGAUGUUUAACUUUAGUUCCGCGAGCUCAGUGUGCGUUUGUACAGUACACAACCCGGAGUGCAGCUGAGCAUGCUGCGGAGAAAACAUUCAAUAGAUUGGUGAUCGGAGGAAAGAGAUUGACUAUCAAGUGGGGCAAGUCUCAAGGGCGGCAAGGUGUGAGCGAGAAGAGCGAGAUGCCGGCGCUGGAGCCGGUGCCGGGGCUGCCGGGCGCGCUGCCGCCGCCGCCGCCCGCCUUCCUGCACCCCUUCCCGCCGCAGAUGCCGCCGCCGAACCGUCCGAACGACUUCUUCAACCUGCAGCACUACGGGGGUGGAGUGGGCGGGGUGGGCCCGGGCUGGGGCUGGGCGCCGCCGCCCGGCAUGCACUACCCCAGCCAGGACCCCGCGCGCCUCGGGGCGCAUGCACACGCCAACAACCCACAGACAUAGGACAAUACGUAAAAAAAAAUAUCUCAACAACAGUAACUUUCAUCAAAAUACAUUUUUUUUGUUAAGCUUGCUGUUGUUCGC